ACAAAGCCGUUGUCCACAUCAAGAACCAAUGAUGAGGGUCCCAGCAGGCUUCCUCCUUUGCUUGCUGCUGCUGGUGGCACCCCAUUGCACAAAGGUGGGCACCGAGGAGGUCCAGCCUGACCCCAAAAUGCCAUGUGCCAACUGGAUGGGAGGAGCGCCUGGUUACCCUGGUCACAACGGGCUCCCCGGCCGGGACGGGAAAGAUGGAAAAGAUGGACAAAAGGGAGAGAAAGGAGAGGAAGGUGUGCAAGGCCCCAAAGGUGACCAAGGCGAAAUAGGACUCCCAGGGCGGGAAGGGCCAAGAGGAUUUCCGGGAUACCCAGGACAGAAGGGUGAAGGUGCCUUCGUCUACCGCUCUGCCUUCAGUGUGGGGCUGACGGAGCGAGCACCCCACCCCAAUGUCCCCAUCCGCUUCAGUAAGAUCUUCUACAACGAGCAGAGCCACUAUGACACCAGCACCGGCAAGUUUGUUUGCAGCAUCCCUGGUGUGUACUACUUCGCCUACCACCUGACAGUUUACCUGACAGAUGUCAAGGUCAGCCUCUACAAGAAGGACAAGGCGGUGAUCUUCACUUAUGACCAGUUCCAGAAGAAUAAUGUUGACCAAGCGAGUGGCUCCGUCUUGCUGCACCUCAACGCUGGAGAUGAGGUCUGGCUUCAGGUGUACGGGGAGGGGGACAACAAUGGCAUCUACGCUGACAACAUCAAUGAUUCCACUUUCAUGGGCUUCCUCCUGUACCCAGACCUGGAUGCCCAUUAAAGCAAGGGGUGCUGCAUAGGCGAGGAGGAGGUGGCUUAACCCCAGUCAGCAUUCUGGGGCACUGGAACUAUAGCUAUACUGUAUUUACAAGAAAAUUGCCUUUUGCAGGGGCAACAAUUGCCAAGGGUGGACCCUAUUACCUGAAAAGUCAGUGAGGUUAUACAUGAGUGACUUCCAUGGGACCAAGAGUUCACUCCUACCUCAGCUCUUGCUCUCCUUGUGGAAACCUGGGCCCAAAGUCAAACACCACUCCUGCCACAUCAUGAAAAGGUAACUCUAAAGAUGGGCUAACCUUUUCUUACAUUUAAAACUGCAAAGAGAAAAAAAAAAAAAACAGCUUAAAUUUGAAUAUCACAUUCUAAAUUUCCCUUUUUAAACUACCUAAAUACAUUUAAACAUUUUAGCCAGCAUUUUAAAAUUUGAGUAGAAGAGGGAGAAGACUAUUGAUGAAAGCUAUUUCUGCUCUUGUUUUCAGCUGGAAUAGAUGGCUCUGUUUUUUCCAUCGUAACUCCCUGUCUUAUUAUGGCCUUUGACUUCCACCCAUGGUCUAUUGUCUCCCUUCUUUAGCCCAGAUCUUUGAAUAUAUUCAGAUUAUUAACUUUCAUUGAUUUUAAUCCUUUGAUUUUCCUUUUGUGUUUAUCCCUUAUAAUUUUCUCUAAUGUAGAUAGCAUGCUCAUUUAGGGCAGGGAUCUACUCUUUUGAUUUAUCUGAAAAGCCUUACGAACACCAGUGAGGCUACACAACAAAAGCAGCCCAUUGACCGCAUGGCUCUGGGGGUCCUGAGGUGGUCACAGAUGUGUUGGCUGCACAGUUGUGAUGCUCAGAAAUGCCAGUAGGAACCCUACAAACACUGUGCCUGACGGGGGAGCAGAAGGUCUCUCAAGGCUCCUGGGCAGAGGGAACCCCAGGGUGGAGGUGUCCAUUCCCAAAUCACUCCCCUGGCACUGGAGGUGAUGGCACAAGUACGUGUUCAGCCCAGAGGCCACCAGCAUGGGUCACACAAGCAGCAUCUUACAGUUUCCAUCUGCAAGCUGGCAGGAUCCUGUCCCAUCUCUCCUCUGAAUAGCUCCCAAGUGCAGUCAGAAGUUGAGAUCUAGCAACCAUGUUUCUACUUUUCCACACCACAAGUGUGCCAUAAGCAAUGCUUUGCACACCAGAUGGGCAGAGCUUCAGGUGGUGGUGCAACCUCCCUCGUUUAGCAGGCUCAUGCCAUGAACAGCCCCAGGACCUGCCCCAGCUCUUGGCAAAGUUACCUUACUGGUCAAAGAGUAUUAAGGCUGAGAUUAGCAGUAGUCCCAUCAAACUGCUUUCCAAGGAGCUUGCUUGACUUUUAGUAAAAGAGGAUUUGAUGGCUUCUCAGAUACAUUCAAAGAAGACUCCCAUUAAGCUUCAGAACAAGCUAACACAGAUCAGAACUAAUGCGUUAUUACGAGCACAAAACAGCUUUAAGAGCUUCAACUGAGAUUACUUCCAACAGCAGCAGCAUUUUCUACACUCCAGUGCAUUACCACAUUAGAAAUAACAACAAUAAAAGAUUCCUCUGAAUGAAAAUGGGCCUGCAUUUUUGUAUGUGUCGUUGGGAAGGGUUUUAAGAAAGGGAUUUUAUUCCAGCCUUGCCAGACAUCCCAGGAAAAAAAAAAAUUGCCAGCAAGGUGGGAGCACUUUAGGCUGGCACACACAGGGACACCCUCCUUUUGCUUUCCCAAGAAACUCCCCACCCUCUACCUCUCAUCAAGGCUUUAGCAUCUCCCCACCUUGCACUGUAUUUCCUCCUUUUUGGAUAAGAUGAGCUCUGGUUUCCAGACUGUUUCCUCAAAACCACUGUGCCUGAAUCCACCCUGACUCGCCAGCCAGAGGGAGAGGCUUUAAGCAUACUAGAUUUAGCAAGGCCCAAACUAAUGCUCAAUCUGAUCAUGCUGGAAAACCCUGAUCAUGCUGUGAAAAAACCCUGCUCCUAUUGUGUGAAUUAAUAGGAAGGGAACAGGGAGAAGGAAAAAAAAAACGCCAAGAAAACCCAACACACACACAAACAAACUCAAAAAAACUAAUCCAUAAACAAAGGGAGAUUUAUAAAUGCAGCAGUUGCUUGAUCAAGUGGCACAAGAGGCUUAAAUUGAAAGAAGCAAGUCAGAGCUUUUGCAGUAUUUUUUUCAAAUAUC